AUGCCAUACGGUGCCGUGAUUUCUGUACUGAAGACUCUAGAUGAGCUCCAAUUUGAGUCUCGAUUUCAAAAGAUUCAGUAUCCUGGAUCCGAAGUCCGCACCCUCCAAAAUAACCUCACCUUCUUGAAAAAUUUUCUGAAAAGGGAACCCCCUGGCAUCACUGAUUUGGAAGCCAAAAUCAGAGAGACGAUGUACGAUGCCGAAGACGUUUUAGAUUCCAAUCUCUCCAAUUUCAUCCUCAAUUCUGAAAGCGCAACCUGGGACGAAGACAACUACAUUUCCAGCUUCACUCAAGCCUUGGAGGAAGUCAACACCAAAGUCGAUUCCAUCGCAGAAACGGCCAGGACGCUCAGCCCUCACGCCGACCGCCCCUUGCUGCUGAUGCCGCCUGUGCCAGAAGUCAGCCGCCGGAGCUUGAUCGUGGGGCGUGAGAAGGACUUCAUUGAUUUAAAAUAUCGGCUCACGGCUGGAUCUGCCUCGCUCCAGACGGUCCCGGUAUUAGGGAUUCGUGGGAUUGGUAAGACGCAUCUCGCCCAAACUGUUUACGAUGACCCGGACGUCGUUUCGAUGUUCAAAAUGCGCGCUUGGGUUGAGGUAUCGCUGGAUUACAGCAAGAAGGAAAUCCUGCUGGGGCUCCUGCGCUCCAUGAGAAAACUUGGCAGUGGGAAGGGUCAGGAGAUUGCAGAAGACGAUUUGGCGAGGCGCCUCUCCAAAGUUCUGAGCCUGGGGAAUUAUCUCGUUGUGUUGGAUGACGUGUGUAAUCCCGAGGCAUGGGACAAUCUCAGGGAGCUGUUCCCGGAUUGGCACAAUGGAAGUCGAGUCAUGUUAACUACAACGCAGAAAAAGGUAGCCGAGAACGGAGGGGGUUUCAUCAAGGAAAUCCGCCCCCUCGAUGGAGAUGAGCCCUGGGCUUUGCUUCAAAGCGUGGUCUUCCGCUACAAGGCGUGCCCGGAGAAGUUGGUGGCAACGGCAAAGCGUGUCUCGGAUAAUUGCAAAGGUCUCCCUUUAGCUAUAGUGACGAUUGGGGGAGUUCUGAUGGAGGCUGGCCCUAACGAUUGGGAGAUUGCAGCUUCUUCUCUCACUCACUGCGGUAACUCAUGUGAUGACCUCAUUGAUUCAGUUAUGUCUUUGAGCUAUAAGAGUUUGCCAAAGUAUGCUAAAGCUUGCCUUCUCUAUAUGGGGAUAUUCCCGAACAAUUAUGACAUACCUCUCUCCAAGCUCUUCAAAUUGUGGAUUGCGGAAGGAUUUAUCGACAAGAAUGAGCAGUUCAAUAGCCUCGAGAAAAUGGCGGAUGGGUGCUUGUCGCUGCUUGUGGAAAGAGGCAUCGUUGUGGUCUCUGAGCGGAACCCUGUUGGAAAGAUCAAAACGUGCAGAGUUGAUGGAGUUUAUUAUGAGUUUUUGAAGAAGAAGGCGGAGGAGGAGGAGAAGUUCUUCCAUGUGGUAGAUAGCUACACGACCUCUUUCCCUGAUGACACUUGGACACAUGAACGGUUUUCUAUUCGUGUGAACAUCCAGUUUGCGGGUAAAGAUGAGUUGAAGUUGAAAAAACCGGUCCGCUCUCUGCUCUUUGAUGGCGCACAAGAGCAGAAUCCGCGGUGGGUGCACUUAGAUUUCAAGUUCCUUAGGGUGUUGGAUGCUCUUAAAAUCAAGCUCUAUGGCUUCCCAGAUGAAAUUCUCAAGUUGGUUCAUUUGAGGUACCUUGCUCUCACCUAUCCCGGUGAGAUACCAGAUGAAAUUUGUGGGCUUUGGAACCUUCAAUUCUUGAUCAUCCUCCAGCAUGUCAGCAGCAAAACAUCCGAGGUUGUGUCGUGGCUGCCAAUAGAAAUUUGGAAUAUGAGUGAACUGAGGCAUCUGCAGUUGAUGGGGAGAGACUUGCCAGCUCCUUCCACAAGUAGUCCACGGCUUGAAAACCUUGUAACGCUUCUGGAUGUGAGCUCCCAUAGCUGCACCCCAGAAAUUUUCGAGAGAGUUCCAAACUUGAAAAAGUUAGGAGUUCGGAUAGAAUCACCAGCAUUGGAUGCUGCUCAAGACUUGAGCUUUCUCAGUCACCUCACUUUGCUUGCAAGCCUCGAGUCAUUCAAAUGUGUGGUUAUGCAUCCUGAUUUCACGUCUCAAGUCGCAUCUCCCAAUCCCAUCGUUGUUUCUUUCCCUGCCACUCUUACAAAGAUAUCUUUGAGCGGAUGUGGGCUUUCAUGGGAUAAUAUGAAGGCCAUUGCCACACUGCCCAAGCUUGAAUCACUGAAACUGCGGUGGUAUGCCUUCCGCGGCUCUGAGUGGAACCAGAAGGGAGAUGGGAAGGAUUUCCCGCGGCUGAGAUUCUUGCUGCUUGAAGACUUGGAUAUACAGUGGUGGAAAGCCGGCAGCGGACAUUUCCCAUGGCUGACAAAUCUGGUGAUUAGGCACUGUUACAAAUUGCAAGAAAUCCCUGCAGUAAUAGGGAAUAUCCCAACGCUUAAAAAGAUAGAACUGGUUGAUUGCAACUCAUCCGCUCAGAGAUGCGCUCAAGAAAUAAAGAUGGAUCGACAGAGCAGAGGAUAUAUCCGAGUCGACUUUCAUUCUUCCCGUGAUGAUUAG